GUGUGGACGCCCACCAGUGCUUUUAUUGACCUCCGGGGUAUAAGGAGGUAUCCCAGCAUACCUUAGAAGCCUCUCUGGUAAUCAUGCACACUCCACUGCCCUGGGCUCAGCUGACCCCACCUUUAAAUGCCCCGGGGAAUUUUAAAAAUCCCCUUCCUGUUUGCUCAGCCAGGUGUGGAGUGCAAUCAAUCAUUCAAUCAAUCAGCGACCAUGCCUCCACGCCCCAAACGAGCCCCAGCAUGGAACAAUUCCGAGCUGCAGGACCUCAUCAGUGUUUGGGGUGAGGAAGCUGUGCAAGCACAGCUGCGCUCCAGAAGGAGAAAUUAUGAUACCUAUGGGCAGAUAUCGCAGUCCUUGCUGAGAAGGGGCUAUGAACGGGAUGCGUUGCAGUGCAGGGUCAAAAUAAAAGAGCUGAGGAGUGCUUACUGCAAAGCCCAUGAGGGAAAUCGCCGCUCCGGAGCUGCCCCCACAACCUGCCGUUUUUACAAGGAGCUGGAUGCCAUACUUGGGUGUGACCCCACUGCCAAUCCGAGGACCACGAUGGAGAGUUCAGAGCAGGGAGAAGUGGGGGAGGGUGUAGAGGAAGCCGACAGUGAGGCUACUGGCAUGGAGGGAGACACCCCGGAGUCCCAGGAGGCAUGCAGCCAGGAGCUCUUCUCAAGCCAGGAGGAGGCUAGCCAGUCGCAGCAGCUGGAAGUUGCUGGUGAGGAAGAAGCUGAGGAGUGUGCUCGGGUGACCUUGACUAAUGCAGCCGGAUCACCGGCCUCACGUCGGUUGCAGAACUUGAGAAAAAAUCCGUGAAAAUCAAAAGAAGAAUUGAUCAAAGCAGUUAUGAUUCACUACAACAGAGAAAGUAGGAAGACGCAGGAAUGGAGAGAGAAAAUGUAUGAGUGGAGGCAAACAGAAAGCAGGAGAAAGGAAUUGGCUACCAAAAAAACCUCAAAGCAGAUGAUAAGCCUCCUGGCUCGCCAAACUG